AUGGGAUUCCACGAGCAUAUAAUUUAUACAGAAAAUUCAGUUCGACACAACCUCUCGCUACACAGCAAGUUCAUACGAGUUCAGAAUGAAUCGACGGGCAAGAGUUCAUGGUGGAUGAUCAACCCGGACGUGCAGGUAGGCAAGAACACGCGCCGCCGCGCCGGAUCCAUGGACACUCAGAAGUACGAGAAGAAGCGAAACCGGGUCAAGAAGAAGAUGGAACUCCUCCAGGGCCUCGCCGCCGCCGUCGUUGGCGCCACCAUCUCGCCGACGUCGUCGGAGCCCGGCGUCGCGGCGGCGGCGGCGGUCGAUUCGCCGCUGCACCAGUUCUCGCAGUUUCGCCAGCGCACGAGUUCGAACGCGAGCAGCUGCGGGAGACUGUCGCCGAUACCUGCUGCUGACCUCACCCUGGACGACGGGCAG